AUGGCUUUCCGUUCGAAGAUUCUUUCAUUUCUUGCAGUCAUCUACUGGCUCGGCUCACUCGUCGCUGCACAGGAGCAAACGGUUCAAUUCAGCCAGGUUAUCAAUCUGAAUGGUGACAUGCAAUUGAAUAGGCUCAUCUUCCCUGAUAAUUCAAAAAUCGAGACAUUCUCUCAAGCUCAGAAACAGAUUAUUGUAAACCAAAACCCCAACCCAUUGUCUGCCAAUCAUGUUGUCGGUUCUACAGGACAGCCUUUUGUGCAGCUGUCACCAAACUCAAUGACAAUCCAGACGAAUAAGGCAACAGAUCUUGUCGGUGCUCAAAUCGAAAUGCCAAUAGACCCUGCUGUUAUCCAACAAAUGGGCGUCAGCUCAGACAAUACCUUCGUUGCUCAGCUGUCCCCGGACAGACAGGCCUGGAUCAUUAUGGAGGGCAUUAAAAGUGUGAACACUACUGAUAAUACCGUUCGCAUGAUCAAAAUGACCAGCUUGGACGGCGAGUAUAUGGCCGUGGGCCGACAAACUGUCGAGACCGGUAACGUCCUGACAACCUUCAACCAGAACCAACAAGUCCAAAUUUCAGGUUCUGGUAUUCAAGAAGUCGAGUUCACCGAUGGUUUUCGUAUGUCUAUCCGUGCUAGCCAGCCUAUGACUCUGCAGGCCAACGUGGUCAAUGGAAUCAGCUCAUCGAUGACCACUGGCGGCAUUAUGUCUGUUAAUAACUAUCGAUACAAGGUGACAUCGAACCUCGCCGGCGUAUCGACAGAUCUCAAUUCCAUGGUCGCUGUUGUCCAACUACCUUUAAAUGCUCAGCGCAUCAUGGCAAUGGCAAAACAAAUGGGAGCGCAAGCCAACAGUGCUAUUGCUCUCGGUGUUGCGCAGCGGGCGGUACUCCAGAACCCUGGAGGCUCAUCUGUUCAAAACCUGAACCGGAAACGGCAGGAGGGCACGAACACAACAUCUACAGCCAUCGAUUCUGCCAAACCAACAGAGAGCAAAGCAGCUUCAUCUAGCUCUACUGUUACUGAAUCUCUGUCUACAGCAGGUGAUGCGAGUACAUCCACUUCUAGUACAAAUGCAGCUGCGACAAGUGCAGCACCGGACAAGCAACAGCCAGCAUCAUCUCCGACGGAGGCGCAAGCAACCAUUCCAGCUGCCACUCAGUUACUUCUUUCUCCGACGUUCUCUCCCUUAAGCGGACAGCCUCUCAUUGAUGGUCAAAACAGCCGUAUAGCCGUACCCGUCAGUCAGAUUGAUGGCGAAUUCAUCGUGACCAUGAGUAUGGCGGGGUCACCCGGUACUAUACAGGUGACACCCGGUGCUCAAGCCCCGGCUCAAGGAGGGACCCCUCCUGGGGAAGUACAAGGGCAACCAGGAACAACUGCCCAACAACCCAAUCAAGCGCAGGAAAGUAAUCAGACAUUGGCGGCUCCUGUUGGUGCCCCGGUCAAGAGGCAAACGCCUGCCGCUCUUUCGCAAGGGACUAUAAUCAUGACUAUGGCUCAACUUGGCGAGAUGGCGCAAAUUCAAGCUAGUGGAAGGGUUACACCGGUGUGGAGCAUGAUGACUGAUUAUCUCGCUCAAGAGGCGGCUCGGUCACAGGGUUCGGUGGCUGCUCAGAGUAUCGAUAAUACGCUAGGACGACGUGGAUAUGAAGAUCUGGCAACUGCGAAACAGCUGCCGCCCGACAACUCGCCGUCCCCAGGCGCCAGAGGCUAUGUCUAG